CGGACGGAAUGUCUGGCGGAAUUUUCAAGAAAUGUGUUGAAGUAACAAAUUAGCUAGUUGAAGCGUUUUUCUGUCUUUACUUGUCGAAAUGGCUGUCACUCUGCAUACAGACCUCGGAGAUUUUAAAAUUGAACUGUUCUGUGAACGCACCCCAAGAACGUGUGAGAAUUUCCUCGCAUUGUGCGCCAGUGGAUUCUAUAAUGGGUGCAUUUUCCAUAGGAACAUAAAAGGGUUCAUGGUUCAAACUGGAGAUCCGACCGGUACUGGAAAGGGAGGAACAAGCAUUUGGGGAAGGAAGUUUGAGGAUGAAUUCAGUGAACACCUAAAGCAUAAUGUUCGUGGAGUGGUUUCGAUGGCCAACAAUGGACCAAACACCAAUGGGUCACAGUUUUUUUUCACCUAUGCAAAACAGCCUCACUUGGAUAUGAAGUACACAAUAUUUGGAAAAAUUAUAGAUGGCCUGGAAACUCUGGAUGACCUGGAGAAACUUCCGGUGAAUGAGAAGACGUUCCGACCUUUGACUGAUGUUCAUAUUAAGGAUGUAACCAUUCAUGCAAACCCAUUUGCCGGAUGAACCACCUAUAAUGACAAUCUCUAGUAUUGUCAUGAGCUUGAUUUCUGGGAAACACAUAGAUAGAUUGUUAUCUGAAUGAUUUACACUUUGACAAUUUCAUUUGUCUGUCAGACCAUGUUUUUGUAUAUUAUAAAUUGUGUUGCCUAAAUUUCCU